CCCACUGCCACCCACCGCACAACAACUUGAACUCAUUCUCUUAGUCUUCACGCGAAGCUGGACUCUUCUUCACUCCGCAAGCCUGCACUGUAGAUGCAUCCUCAUAUGACCCCGAUCGGCUGCCGCAUUUCGGCAUCAAACCAUUCCUAGCGAAGAUGCGCACCUAUCCUUACUGCUUGCUCUCCGCCACAAACACAACCACAACCGUCGUAGCGCCCGGCUACCGCACCUUCCAAAGUUCGCGCAGAUGAAUCUUUAAAAUUUCCCCUUAUACCAACACAUCGACACCCGAUCCAACCCAGAUUCACAAGCGGCAAACCAUGAAAAUGUCCGAAAACAACGUCAUCCGUUGUCUUGUAGACGACACGGCCUUGACCAGGAACCUCGAGGAGAUCGAGAGCUGGGUCUCCCAGGGCCUUAUUAUUCUUGUUGUGCCCUUGUACACGCUCUCUCGCCUGAAUGUCUUGAAGAAGGAUUCUUCACAAAUUGGCGUCAGUGCGCGUAAAGCUGUCAAGUUCCUUGACCGCAGCACUUCGUCCCGCGGCGAUUUACGACACGACCCAGUCAUCCUCCAGGGUCCCGACGACCAAUACCCGACAUGGGCUGAGGUGGAGGCACACUACACAAAUGAAAGCAUGAAGACUGCUGGGAUGAACGAAGGAGAAGAUUCAAUCCCGAUCCUGGACACCAAACAGGAGAAGGACUCGGAAAUUCCCUUCAAGGUCAGCGCAGGCGCGGCAGGCCCAUUGUCGCAAGUUCUCUUGGACAAACUCAACUUUGCGAAAGAACCAGCGACUAUGUCACCCGGCUCCACGCCACCUUUGUCGCCCUCUUCCUCUGGACCGCAGAGCUCUAAGACCAGCCCGGAGGUCAAGUCUGCUACCAUAAUCAGUCACGAUCAGACACCUGUCCCACCAUCGCUCAAGUCUCUUCUUAACCCCGUGGUCUGGUAUGUACAUGAGAAGAAGGCUCCUGCCGAUGCAGGCCUCGUCUUCCUUACGAACUCAGCUGACACUAUGCACCUCGCGCGGGACUUUGGUGUCCCUACCAAAAACAUCCACCAACUAAGGAGUGCUCUGGGCUUGGGAGAAAAUGAACCCGCCGCGCCAGAAAAUCCUAAGAAGGACAAGGCGAAAAGAUCAUCCAAUGCGGAGCCGAAGACCCUUUUCAGCUACGAUGACGUCGAGAGUGACGAGGAGGAAGUUGUCUUCAAGCCAAGAGGUCGAGGUUCAACACGCGGAGCACAGACUUCGCGAGGUACCGGCGCAGGGAGCAUCCGCAGUCGAGGAGGAAAUACGCGGUCUCCACGAACCUCCUUCAGCACCCCGGCGCAGUCGGCGCAGUCGGCGCAGAACAAGCCGCAAAUUCCAGUGGAGGAGAUCGACCCAGAUUCAUUUGACCGCGGCAGCUUCGCUCGGGGCAGCACACCGCUCGUCAAUACUAGCAACCAUGUCCCAAACCAGUUCAGCAGUGGUCGGGGAGCCUACCGCGGAAACUAUGGCCGCGGAGGGGGACGAGGAUCGAACCUGAACCGUGGCUACAGCAAUGGAUUCGAACGUGGAUCGACCCGCGGCAGAGGUCGGUUGUUCGUCCCUUAGACACUCCUGCCGCUGUUGUGGACGUUUGAUAUCUACAACAGCACGAGCAAACCCAAUUCCACUUAUUGGCAGGAGCCGAAACCAACCAGAGGUUCACACCUCGAUGCUUGAACCAGGUAUUUGCGAAUCGCACAACAGGCAUGCGGUUCGUCCGAUGGGGUUUCCGACACGGUCAAGCACAGACACAAGAUCCACGAGCUGGGUCUACAGUUUUGCAGGCGUCACUACUUUUCCGUUUGGGCUUGGAUCAUUGUUCAGCACUUUCCGGUCAAGACAUCUUGGUGGUUGGAAGAUGGAUCAGUAGUUCCGAACACGAGGACGAAUGCGAUGGGGAGCAGAGCUGAGGAGUGCACAGAGGAGCCUCUUGACGUUUCUACACGGAGGAAAGGUCGGUCAGGUGGAUCCGGCCUUUAUGCCUGGCCUUUUGGCACCACCACACGCUCAUUUCAAUCAGCCAUGUCUCGUAUCGACGCCAGCUGGAGUUGUGAAACAGACCUGUGAAGGGAAAUCGACAGAGGUUGGCACGCUCAUUCAGCUGCGGAGCCUUAUCACGACAGGCGUUGUCGAUGUGCACGGCUGCGAUAUCUUUUACUUUCCUUUUUUCUUACCUUCAUUUCUACUGGCACCGACAAGUUCACGUAUGUCGAAUAUGCAUCCUUUUGUAUAGCAAUGGCAUGCACAUCUUAUUGGCUAUGUGAGAAGCGCAUGAGGCGCGAGGCGCAAUGCGCAAUAGGAAAACGCAGCUUCCGUAAGCAGCCCUGCAUAGAACCGCAUCCACACCACGGCUUUACCAGCCUCUCUCCUC